GCAGCGGAGGGAGCGGCGGCGGAGGAGAGCGCGCGCGCGCCCCCUCCCUCCCUCCCUCCCUCCCCCUCCCCCCAAUUUCCACCGCGGCCAAUUCAUGGACAGGAACUACCCCAGCGCCGGCUUCGGGGACCCGCUCGGCGCCGGGGCGGGAUGGAGUUACGAGAGGUCAGCGAAAGCUAGCUUGGUCUAUGGCAGCUCCAGGACCUCGCAUCCCGAGACGGACAUCUUACACCGCCAGGCCUACGCGGCCCCCCACCCACUGCAAAGCUAUGCCACCAACCACCACCCCGCAGGCCUCUCCGGACUCUUUGACACUGGCCUCCACCACGCAGGCUCAGCAGGGCCUGACGCCUCCGUCAUGAACCUCAUCUCAGCUCUGGAGUCCCGGGGCCCCCAGCCGGGCCCCUCCGCCUCUUCUCUCCUCUCCCAGUUCCGCAGUCCUUCCUGGCAGACAGCCAUGCACACGCCAGGUCCCACGGAGCUCUUCAUCUCGGGUGCCCUGCCGGGUUCCAGCACCUUCCCGUCCUCCUCCGCCCUCUCGGCCUACCAGCACCCGGCUUCCUUUGGCAGCCGCCCCUUCCCAGUGCCCUCGUCUCUCAGCCUCCAGGACCCCCCGUUCAGUCCCCCAGCUAACGGGCUCCUGUCCCCUCACGACGUGCUGCACCUCAAGCCCUCACAAGCACCUACGGUGCCCUCCUCGUUGGGCUUUGAGCGCUUGGCGGGGAGCGGUGUCCUGGGGCCCACCGGUCUUGGCCCGGCCCAGACCCCCCCCUACCGCCCUGGCCCUCCAGACCCACCCCCACCUCCCCGCCACCUCCCAACUCAGUUCAACCUGCUGGCUUCCUCUUCUGCUGCCGCUGCUGCCGCUGCUGCCGAGCAGUCCUCCCCGCAGCUCUACAACUUCUCGGGUGCUGCCCCGGGCCCGCCGCCACCCGAGCGGGCCCUGCCCCGCCAGGAUACCGUCAUCAAGCACUACCAGCGGCCGGCCAGUGCCCAGCCCCCACCACCCCCGCCACCAGCCCACGCCCUCCAGCAUUACCUGAGCUGUGGGGGCAGCUACCCUUCCAUGGGCCACCGGGCCAACCUGGCCUGCAGCCCCCUGGGCGGCGGGGAGCCCUCGCCGGGCGCUGGGGAACCUAGCAAGGCUGGGCCCAGUGGAGCCACCGCCGGGGCAUCGGGCCGGGCCACAGGCCCUGAGGCGGCCGGGGGAGGUGGGGCAGGGGGUGGGGGUGGGGGUUACCGUCCCAUCAUUCAGUCGUCUGGUUACAAAACAGGCAAAGGAGGUUAUGGGGCUGCAGCUGGGGGUGCCAGCCGGCCUCCACCACCCCGUUCAACUGCCACGCCCAAAUGCCAGAGCCUGGGGGGCCCGGCAGCAGCCUAUGCCACUGGGAAGGCCUCUGGAGCUGGUGGGGCUGGGGGCCAGGCCUAUUCCCCUGGGCAGCCCCAAGGGCUUCUGGGACCCCAGGCCUACGGGCAAGGGUUCGGAGGGGGGCAAGCACAGGACUUGAGCAAAGGCCCCAGCUACUCGGGGGGUCCCCCGCAGCCCCCCAGUGGUCCUCCGCCUCCUGGCCUGGCCACGUGUCAGAGCUACUCCCCGGACCAGCUGCAAGGGCAGCUGUAUGGGGUGCAGGGCGAGGCCUACCCAGGGCCAGCCCCCCACUCCCAGGGGCUGCCCACGGCCAGCCCCUCGCUCAGCUACAGCACUGGCCACUCCCCGGCGCUCUCAGGCCACGGAGGGGGCUGGGGGCCUAGCUCCCUGGGUGGCGGUGGGGAGGCCAGCCCAUCCCACAUCAUCCGCCCGCUCCAGUCGCCACCCGCCACGGGCCGUCCGCCUGGCGUUGGUUCUCCAGGAGCCCCUGGCAAGUACCUGAGCUCGGUCCUGGCCUCUUCCCCGUUCCUGGCACCCCCUGGAGCCAGCAGCUAUGCGGCCGGAGCGGGCGGCUACAAGGGCAAGGGGGAUGGCUCCGAGCUGCUGGCAGGCCCUGGCGGUCCCUCUGCUGAGCGCACCGAGGACGAGGAGUUCCUCAUCCAGCAUCUCCUGCAGGCGCCCAGCCCACCGCGGACCUCAGGGGCAGAGGGCUUGGUGGGCGAGGACGGGGCGGUGGACGCCUCCAAGGGACUUGGGGGUGGGGGCGGGGCCGGGGGACCACCCGGGACCCCAUACGAGCUGGCCAAGGAGGACCCGCAGAGAUACCACCUGCAGAGCGUCAUUCGCACCAGCUCCAGCCUGGAUGAGGGUGCCACGGCGGCCCUGGAGCUGGGCCUGGGGAGGCUGAAGGAGAAGAAGAAAGGGCCGGAACGGGGUGGCGAGACCCCUGAGGGGCUGGCCACCUCUGUCGUCCACUACGGAGCUGGUGCCAAGGAACUGGGGGCCUUCCUGCAGAAGAGCCCACCCCCCGCGCCCCCCACGGGCCAGCCGGCCCAGCCCACGCCCCACAGCCUCCUCCUGGAAGCCGGGGGGCCUGACCUCCCACUGGUGCUGCCACCGCCGCCCCCACAGCUGCUCCCCUCUGUCCUCAGCCAUGCUCCCAGCCCUUCACCCAGCGCUCCCAAAGUCAGCGUCCACCUCCUUGAGCCCCCUGCCCGGGAUGGGGCACCCCAGCCGCCCCCGCCCCCCAUGCCUCUCCAGCUCGAGGCCCACCUCCGCAGCCACAGCCUGGAGCCCACCGCCCCCAGUCCCCGCCUGCGGCCCGAGGAGAGCCUGGAGCCCCCAGGUGCCAUGCAGGAAUUGCUGGGGGCGCUGGAGCCGCUGCCCCCAGGGCCCAGCGAGGCUGGUGUGGGCCCCCCGAACACUGAGGGCAAGGACCCCGUGGGCGCCUACCGCAGCCCCAGCCCGCAAGGCACCAAGGCACCCCGCUUCGUGCCCCUCACCUCCAUCUGCUUCCCCGACUCCUUGCUCCAAGACGAGGAGCGCAGCUUCUUCCCCACCAUGGAGGAGAUGUUCGGCGGAGGGGCUGCUGAUGACUAUGGCAAGGCUGGGCCACCCGAGGAUGACGGCGACCCCAAGGCGGCUGCGGGGCCACCUCCUGGGCCCCCCACGUAUGACCCCUAUGGACCCUAUUGCCCCAGCCGAGCAUCUGGAGCCGGCCCCGAGACACCAGGGGGCCUGGGCCUGGACCCCAACAAGCCGCCCGAGCUGCCCUCCACAGUCAACGCCGAGCCCCUGGGCCUGAUCCAGAGUGGGCCCCACCAGGCCGCGCCGCCCCCACCGCCACCGCCGCCGCCCACCAACGAGCCCAAGGGGGGCCUGACCUCGCCCAUCUUCUGCUCGACCAAGCCAAAGAAGCUGCUCAAGACGUCCUCCUUCCACCUGCUGCGGCGCCGCGACCCCCCCUUCCAGACUCCUAAGAAGCUGUAUGCCCAGGAGUAUGAGUUCGAGGCCGACGAGGACAAGGCUGAUGUGCCGGCCGACAUCCGCCUCAACCCGCGCCGCCUGCCCGACCUGGUCUCCAGCUGCCGCUCCCGCCCGGCCCUCUCACCACUGGGCGACAUCGAUUUCUGCCCGCCCAACCCAGGCCCCGAUGGCCCCCGGCGCCGGGGCCGCAAGCCCACCAAGGCCAAGCGUGACGGCCCUCCCCGGCCCCGGGGCAGGCCCCGGAUCCGCCCGCUGGAGGUCCCCACCACUGUUGGGCUGGCCUCGGCCUCCACACCCACCGAUGGGGCCAAGAAGCCCCGGGGCCGUGGCCGGGGCCGGGGCAGGAAGGCCGAGGAGGCAGGGGGCACCCGUCUGGAGCCCCUGAAGCCGCUUAAGAUUAAGCUGUCUGUGCCCAAGGCUGGCGAGGGCCGGGGAGCCGCCUCAGGCGACGCCGUGUCGGGCUCGGACCACAACAGCCUGGACUCGAGUCUGACACGGGAGAAGAUUGAGGCCAAGAUCAAGGAGGUGGAGGAGAAGCAGCCGGAGAUGAAGUCGGGUUUCAUGGCUUCCUUCCUGGAUUUUCUCAAGUCGGGCAAGCGCCACCCGCCGCUCUACCAGGCAGGCCUGACACCCCCGCUCAGCCCCCCAAAGAGCGUGCCACCCACGGUACCGGCCCGGGGCCUGCAGCCCCAGCCCCCGGCCGCCCCCACCGUGCCCCAUGCCCCGCCCACCAGCACCUUUGGGCUGGGGGGCGCGCUGGAGGCGGCCGAGAGCGAAGGGCUUGGGCUUGGCUGCCCAUCACCAUGCAAGCGCUUGGACGAGGAGCUGAAGCGGAACCUCGAGACCCUGCCCUCCUUCUCCUCGGAUGAGGAGGACUCUGUCGCCAAGAACCGGGACCUGCAGGAGAGCAUCUCCUCAGCCAUCUCAGCCCUCGAUGACCCACCCCUCGCCGGGCCCAAGGACACCUCCACCCCGGACGGACCCCCCUUGGCCGCCCCAGCUGCUGUCCCAGGCCCACCACCUCUUCCGGGGCUCCCCAGUGCUAACAGCAAUGGCACGCCCGAGCCCCCGCUGCUGGAGGAGAAGCCCCCACCCUCGCCGCCUCCUGCCCCCACUCCCCAGCCGCCACCACUGCCGCCUCCAGCCCUGCCCUCGCCGCCCCCACUGGUGGCCCCCACGCCCAGCUCGCCACCCCCGCCAAGCCUGCCCUCGCCGCCGCCGCCCCUGCCCCUGCCCGCUGCCACCGCCGCGGCCCCUCCAGUCGCCCCUCCCGAGGAGCCCGCUGCCCCGUCCCCCGAGGACCCCGAGCCGCCCGACGCCCGGCCCCUGCACCUGGCCAAGAAGCAGGAGACGGCCGCCGUGUGCGGGGAGACCGACGAGGAGGCGGGCGAGAGCGGCGGGGAGGGCAUCUUCCGCGAGCGCGAUGAGUUUGUCAUCCGGGCCGAGGACAUCCCCUCCCUCAAGCUGGCGCUGCAGACGGGGCGUGAGCCCCCGCCCAUCUGGCGAGUCCAGAAAGCCCUGUUGCAGAAAUUCACUCCAGAGAUCAAGGAUGGCCAGAGGCAGUUUUGUGCCACCAGUAACUACUUGGGCUAUUUUGGGGAUGCAAAAAACCGGUACCAGCGCCUGUAUGUCAAGUUCCUGGAAAAUGUCAACAAGAAGGACUACGUGAGGGUCUGUGCUCGGAAACCUUGGCACCGGCCUCCGGUGCCUGUCAGACGCUCCAGUCAGGCCAAGGGCCCUGCUCCUGCUGGGGGCAGCUCUGCUCCCACCCCCAAGGCCCCAGCGCCUCCUCCUAAGCCUGAGACCCCUGAGAAGACGACGUCUGAGAAGCCAGCAGAGCAGACGCCUGAGAUGGCUGUGCCUGAGCCCCCGGCCCCUGAGAAGCCGUCCCCUCCACGGCCUGCUGAGAAGGAUAAGGAGAAGGAGCGGGCUACACGCGUGGAGCGGCCAUUGCGGGGCGAGCGGGGCGUGGGCGGGCGGCAGGCCCGGCCUGAACGGAGCCUCCCCACGGGACAGCCCGCUGCUUCCAGGCUGCCCAAGGCCCGGCCCACCAAGGUGAAGGCCGAGCCGCCCCCCAAGAAGAGGAAGAAGUGGCUGAAGGAGGCGGCCGGCAAUGCCUCAGCGGGCGUGGGGCCCCCCGGCAGCUCCUCGGACUCGGAGUCGUCCCCCGGAGCUCCCAGUGAGGACGAGCGGGCAGUACCCGGGCGUCUGCUGAAGACUCGGGCGAUGCGGGAGAUGUACCGGAGCUACGUGGAGAUGCUGGUGAGCACGGCCCUCGACCCGGACAUGAUCCAGGCCCUGGAGGACACCCAUGAUGAGUUGUAUCUACCCCCCAUGCGGAAGAUCGACGGCCUUUUGAACGAGCACAAGAAGAAAGUCCUGAAGCGGCUGUCACUGAGCCCAGCCCUGCAGGACGCCCUGCACACGUUCCCACAGCUGCAAGUAGAGCAGAGUGGGGAGGGCUCCCCCGAGGAGGGUGCCGUGCGGCUGCGGCCGGCCGGGGAGCCCUACAACCGCAAGACGCUCAGCAAGCUCAAGAGGAGCGCGGUUCGAGCCCAGGAGUUCAAGGUCGAGCUGGAGAAGUCCGGAUACUACACGCUGUACCACUCGCUCCACCAUUAUAAGUACCACACCUUCCUGCGCUGCCGGGACCAGACGCUGGCCAUCGAGGGCGGCGCUGAGGACCUGGGCCAGGAGGAGGUGGUCCAGCAGUGCAUGCGCAACCAGCCAUGGCUGGAGCAGCUCUUCGACUCCUUCAGCGACCUGCUGGCCCAAGCACAGGCCCACAGCCGCUGCGGGUGACCCCCCAGCCGGGGGGGGGCACCUCCGCCGCGCACUGACAAUUGGGACAGAACUGUGUCCUCAGGAGCUAACCCCGGGCCCCAUUGCCCAGGAAGUAUGGGGGGGAGGGUGGGUGUCGUUGGUCAGGGUGUGUCCAUGCUGCCCCCCCCAGGGCAGGGUUCAAAGGUCGACUCCCCCCUCCCCCCACCAGCCCUCGCCAUUCCCUCCCCAUCCCUCCCACUGUUCGGUGUACAGAGAAAUUAUUUAUAUAUAUGUAUAAAUGUCUAUUUAGUACCGGUUCCCCCCCUGCCCACUCCCCUCUCCACGGCCAUAGCCCCCGCCCCCUCUGCCUUGUACAUAAUGUAUAGGAAAAGUCUAUGUAUGGUUGAGGGGGAGGGGCGGCUUCAGAGAACUGGGGGCCUUCCUCCCCCAAGCCCCCCCUACAGGCCAAGAUCUUUGCUAAAGCCCACUCCCUCCCCAGGGCAUUCAGCGUUGGGUUGAGGUGGGAGGGGGAAACGCAUCUUGUUAAUUAUUUUUAAUCUUAUUUAUUGUACAUACCUGGGGGCUGGGGGCUGGGGAGGUGGAGGGGGGAGAAGGGCCCUUUCUCUGCCCCUCCCCACCCCUUUUCUACGGCGAUUCGUCUGUGUCUCCCCCCACCCGCCCACCCAUUGUUGUCUGGAUGUGGUUCUAUUUUUUAUUGGUCUCCUCUCCCUUCCUCCCUCUCUCUGCCCCCCCAGCCCCCACCUCCCCUCCACCCUUUGUCUCUUGCUCUUUCUUGGGCUUCUGUACAACUCAACUUGUAUACACUGUGUACACACAACCAGCCAAACGAAAACCCAACAGCAAACACUUUA